GGUCUUACACAUUCACACUAUGUCUUCCACUACAUUAGCGAGUGCUCCCGCUUCAUGUUGUUUUACUGGCGUAAAGCACUUCGGCACUCCCGUCGGCCGUGUCGUCGAUCUUGGAGGGUUAGAAACAUAUAUUUCUGAACCGAAGGAGCAGGGUCCACAGAAGAUAGUGAUGCUAUUUUUGGCGGAUGUCUGGGGCUCGCUAUGGAUCAACAAUAAGUUGCUGCAAGAUUACUUUGCUUCAGUGGGAUAUUACGUGCUUGGACCAGAUUAUUUAUUUGGUGAUGCAGUGCCGAACCAUCCUCCAGAUUUCGAUAGACAUACGUGGGCCAAGACCAAGUUGAAGCCUGCGCGAGACGCAUUUCCCAAGUGGCUCGAAGCUGUAAAGGAGAUUCAUGGCACCGAGAACACGAAGUACUGCGCCGUGGGAUAUUGUUUCGGCGCACCUUUUGUAAUGGAGUUGGCGGCAACCGACUUCAUUGAGGCUGGGGCUUUAGCUCACCCAGCAUUCCUGGAUGAGAGCCACUUCGAAGAUUUGAAAAAGCCCUUGUUACUGUGUUGUGCAGAGGAGGACCAUACAUUCCCUUUGCCGUCACGUCGUCGUGCAGAAGACAUCUUGGUGGAACGGAAAGCAAACUAUUAUUUCCAGAUAUUUGCUGGUAUCAAGCACGGUUUUGCUGUCCGCGGCAACCCAGAUGUUGAACAAGAACGUUGGUCCAAAGAAGAAUGUGCUCGUACAGUUGACAGGUGGUUCAAGCGGUUCGCUGGAUCUGAGUAGUCACCUCAACGUUCGAAGUAGCGACAUGAAAGAAGUAUAUUGUAUCUCCUUAUUUCCCAAUCACGAAUCUUUGUCUGAAAGUAGCACAGCGUAGACAAUUUCUACAAGGGGUGAACUACAUUCAUGAUCAAUUUAUGGAAGACUGGAACAUA